ACAAGGGGAGAAAGAAGGACGAAUCCUAGUACCCAUCAUCUCGCUUCAACAACAAAAUAUCUUUCUGCAUUUAUGUAUCUCCUCCCUUGCUGCUCUUCAAAUCUACCAGCCUUUCUAUUCCUUAAAUGUGUCACAUCCAUUCCUGCCCUGGUGCCUUUAAACUAGCUAUUCCCCCUGCUUGGAAGUGAGUAAAGUCACCUAGCAGCAGAGCCAGCACUGAAAUCUGUGCUCCCCACGACCCAGAGUGGGCACAGCACCCAACCAGAGAGAACCCCUUGCGCUGGGUGAUCUCAGGGUGGCCGUGGCCUCUACUCCAUCCCACCUGGGUCCAGCCUGGCUUUUGGAGGCCUUGCUUGUGGUUGACUUUUCUGCUCUUCUUUUACUGUCCAAGAUCUUUUACUGUCUUUGUUUUCAUAGAGUGGAAAAACCGUGUUGGCCAACUUUCUGACAGAAUCUUCUGACAUCACUGAAUACAACCCAACCCAAGGAGUGAGGAUCCUGGAAUUCGAGAACCCACAAAUUACCAGCAACAACAAAGGCACGGGGUGUGAAUUUGAGCUCUGGGAUUGUGGCGGCGAUCCAAAGUUCGAGUCUUGCUGGCCAGCCCUGAUGAAGGACUCUCACGGAGUGGUGAUCGUCUUCAAUGCCGACAUCCCAAGUCACCUGAAGGAAAUUGAGAUGUGGUAUUCCUGCUUCGUCCAGCAGCAGUUCCUACAGAAUACUCAGUGUCUAUUAAUUGCACACCACAAGCCAGGCUCUGGAAGUGACAAAGAAAACCCAGCAUUGGCACCACCCUUGAACAAGCUGAAGCUGGUACACUCAAAUCUUGAGGAUGACCCGGAAGAGAUCAGGAUGGAAUUCAUAAAGUAUUUAAGAAGCAUAAUCAACUCAGUGUCCGAGAGCAGAGACCGGGAAGAGAUGUCCAUUAUUACCUGACCAGCCUCCAUCUGGAAGCUUCCACAUCCCAAAUGAAGUUCAUGUCAGUGCAGAGCCUGAAGUCCAUCCACCUAAGAGGUUCUCGUUGCCCUUUGGCUGUAGAAGGCAUUUUCUUUAUUUGCCCCAAAGACCAGUCAGCCAGGGAGUUGACUCCAUACUAUCUGUUCUCCAUCCUUAGUUCAGCUGAGAAAAUCCUGUUGUUGAAUUCUGAUUCCUUUGCCCCAGAUCUCUCCAAAGAACUGAAAAACCAAAGUGGUUUUUUUUUUUUUUUUUUUUUUUUGCCUCCUUCCGUAUGUCACGUCAUUAAAGUUGCAGAAUUGUACCUGUCAUAGCCCAGUGGUAUAACCAUAGUUUAAUUAACGUGGAUUGGUUUAAAUAUGAUUUUCAUUCCUUAAUCUGUACAAUUUGCCUAGGGACAUUUUAGAAAAAUACUAGCAUUUAACUUCUCCAAGAUUGUAUUUUUACUUCAAUGUCCUUGCUAUCUGGACACCAUAUCACAUUGAAUGGUAGAAUACAUAUACAGUCUCUAAAAAGUUUUUUAUUUUCUUAGGGGGAUUUACUUCUUAAAUAUUACUUUGUGUAAUACCGGGGGAAACUAUGUUAUACUGUCAUAACACCUAAUCUAUAAAAAUGGUUAAAGGAGUUAAUGCUCAGAAUAACCAAAUAAUGGCGAGUUUACAUCUUAUUUGUACCAGUGAGUGUGUUUUAGUGAUCUUGGGAAUUACUGUUCUUUCAUAAUUUUUACUUCCUGAAUUUUUUAAUAUAGCCAACCUAAAAAUAUAUUAUUAGAUCAAAAGUUAAAUGUAUGUCAUUUCAACUCAAAGUAGAAGAAAAUUAGAGACACUUAAAAGAGAUGAAUAAAUAUGCUUGGCUGUG